AUGUCCUUGGUCUCUACUCAGCAUCAUUCCAUCAACUCAUUACAUUCAAGCUCGAGCGCCGACAUCGACAAUCACUCUUCCAAGACUCCCGACGACACUGAAGCUACUCUAAGUACGCUUCUUGGGGUAUUCGCACACUCUGAGCACAGCUCUAUGGACAGAGGCCCCACCGAAUAUCCGCAGUCAGGUUUGCAUUCACCAUAUCCGCACGCGUUAAACAGCGCCCAGUCUGAAGAUUCUUCCGCAGAUCACGCGUCUGCUGCCCAUUACACUCCUCAACAAGCGCAGGAAGUGCGAUCGAAUACCUACUCCUCGUCCGCAACACCCAAUUCCGAGUACGCCGUAUAUCCUGCUUCGGCGCGCUCAGGUUCUUUUCCAGAACAUUUACAUCGUCAGUACCAUCCAGCUAGCAACCACAGCGGUAGUAGCGGAGGUAUGGCCCAACCAACAAGUCCGUCAAUGCCUUUGCAAGAUGGCCGUCCAAGCCAUCAAAAUCCCCAAGUCAAGUCUGACCAGGAUGUUCCUAUAGAUCCAUCAAUCGCAGCCUCGAGCCCGACCUACCCCUCCCACAACGGCCAAUACUCUCCAUACCCACCACAGGAGAUGCAGCACGGCUAUCCUCCCCAGCACCCUGGUGGCGCCAUGUACCAGCAACCACGACCCGACUGGGCUGGCUAUGCCAGUCACCCUCAACACCCAAUGCAGAGUGGAUACGCGGUGAGUGGUGCCCAAACACCAACCUCUGCGGCUUCAGCUGGUGGACGACCUGGUCAAGUCUACUCGUUCGUCCCCAUCCCAGGUGCCCAGCAACACAAGCGUCCUCGUCGAAGAUACGAAGAGAUCGAGCGUAUGUACAAGUGUGGGUGGAACGGUUGCGAAAAGGCUUAUGGCACUUUGAACCAUCUCAACGCCCAUGUCACGAUGCAGUCACAUGGCCAGAAGCGUACGCCUGAAGAAUUCAAGGAGAUCCGAAAAGAGUGGAAGGCUCGUAAGAAGGAAGAGGAGAACCAGCGCAAGGCUGAUGAGGAGCGUAACCGCGCUGCUGCUAUCGGUGGUGCUGCUCCUGAAGGCCAGUCCAGCGAGGGCCCCCCCGCCCCUGGCUAUCAACAAGCUGGUCGUCCUCCAGUCCAGCUUCCGCCGAUCGGGUACCAACCUGGCGCACAUGUCCCUGGACAAUAUCAAGCUGCACCUUCCGGCGGUGUUCAACAGCUCCAGGAGUAUCCCAACAACGCCCAAAUUCAAUACACUGGCUACCCAGCUUCGCCUUAUGGCGCUCCUAACCAGAUGUAUAACCAACGUCAUUACACCCUCUGA